UCUGAUCGAGAAGUUUUAUAAAUACAAGUACAUAAAUAUAGAAGUGAAUAAAAUAAAAAAUAAUAUAUUAGAUUAAACAGUAUAAAUAGAAUAUCACUAUUUUUAGUAAUCGGCCGUCUUACAAACAAACUUUUUGUCAUAUGAAUUGAAAACCACAAAAUAGUACCCAUUUAAAUUCAGAGUUUCACUUGGUUUCACAUCUAAUUUACACAUAACUGAGAUGGACGUGGAUGAAAAUAUUGAUCCUGCAGGUAUUUCUUCUGAAACAAACUCAGAGUCUGAUGAGGAAAUGUUUGAUAAUACACAAACAACUCCUGAUAAAGGUUUCCUUUAUGAUGAUCCAUGCUUGGUUAGUGGUAUAUUGAGGGCUGUAGUGGAUGAAAAUUUGGAGGAAGUAAUAACAUUAAUUAAAUCUGGAAAAAGUGUUAAUAUUAAUGACAAUAAUGGAAACACACCUCUUCAUAUUGCUGUAUUUAAAAACAAUUUGACAAUUUUAAACUACCUGGUCUGCGAUGAAUCUAUUAGAAUAAACACCAGGAAUUUUAUGGGACAAACACCACUUUUUAUAGCUGCAAAACAUGGUUUCAUUGAAGCUUGCCGUAUUUUAGUGAAACAUGGCGCCAAUGUCAAUCUUCCGGAUAACGAGGAUGUGACGCCAUUACAUCGAGCUGUAACGGCUCCAGAAGUGGCACAUUUAUUACUUAGUCAUGGCGCAAAUGUUAAUGCCAUUGAUUAUAGCGAGGAUACACCUCUCCAUGAUGCAAUAGCUGACAGGUGCGUAGAAACUGUGUGCAUGCUUCUAUAUUAUGGCGCAGACGCAAAUCGUGUUGGUGGAAAUGGUCUGGUUCCUUUUAUGAGAGCCAUUAUAGCAGAAAACUUUGAAAUUCAAGAUGCCUUGUUUGAAUAUGUUUCAGAUUUUGAUUCCAAAACUAAGGAUGGAUAUAGUAUUUUAACGUUGGGCUUGAUUAAUGAGACUCGCUAUGUUGAAAAGAUUAUCGAGAAAGGAGCUAAAGUAGAUGUCGCUGCAUUUACAGCUUGUGUUGAUAUUCCAAACGUCAGCAACUUUCAAUUAGUUUGGAAGAAUUUGGACCCAGAGGAUAUUAAAGACCCGGCUAUAAACUUACAAAUUUUGAAUUACGAAUUAGCCCCAGAAGAAUUUGGACAGUACAUUGAUAUUAUAAUGGAAUACUCAAGUAGCGAAGUGUUAGAAAUAUUGGCAUCCAAGAUUAACUCGGUCGAGAUAGCAUCAUUAGUUCAAAAAUGUUCUGAGAGUAAUGGUUUAACACAUGAGCAAAUAACCAAACUAACCUGUAUCUUACUUCAACAUGGGCUUAAAAUUGGAACAAACCUUAUAGUGGCAGUAUUUACUAACAUGGGUUAUUGUGAUUUAUUAAAGAUAUUGAUGUUCAUGGACUAUAAAGAGAAUUGGUCGCCGUUUGUUAUAACUCCUAGAUGUAUAUUUGAUAUUCAUUGUGAUAUUCUAACUAAAUAUAACGAACUUCUUGCUAACGGCGAGGAGUGGAUGAAUGUGAGAAGAUUUCAAGAAGAUGUGAUAAGUUCUUUUGGCUAUUGGGCCCUACGACCUUUAAUUAAUGUGGCCUUAAAUCAAUUUGCAGAUGCUAGUAUGUUUCAAAGAAAAAACAAUGAAAUAAUGAUAGCCUACCGAGAUUUACUUCCGAAAGUUCCUUCCUUAUUGGAACUAGCUAGGGAUGCAACUAGAAAACAUAUCGUUAAUAGAAUGGAUAUUAAAACUACUUGUCAGUAUUUUACAUGUAUAAAUAGUCUAGAUAUACCUAAUGUAUAUAAAAAAAUUUUGUUUUUUGAAAAGAAAAUAUAUAAUUAUGGUUAG